AAUUAGUAAAGGUAAUUUGUUAAUAACACUGACUAAAAUACGUAAAAUAAAAUAAUAAUAUAAGCCAAAAUGUGCAAAUCCAUAACAAUAAUCCUUUCAGUGUUGAUGGUCUGCGCUAAUGGUCGGUAUUUAAUUAAGGAAGAUUACAGAAACCCAUAUGUAUUUGUGGAAGAUGGUCGCGACGUCAGAGUUUACGAUUUAGAAGAAGCUUUGUCAGAAGAUCAACAGGAGUUGACCCAUGCGAACAAUAUUUUGCGAGUUCGUCGUCAAGCCCAUGGAGCUCUAAGUUCGAACCCCGAUGGAACAUCAAAUGUAAUGGCGAAGGUGCCACUAUCUGUUAAUGAUAAAAACAUGUUAAGUGCAGUUGGUACUGUUAGUGGAGCAUCUGGUAAUGGGGGCUUUAAGGCGGCUGGUGGCGGUUUGGCUUGGGAUAAUGUCAACGGGCAUGGCGCAAGUGUAACUGGACAGCAUAUACCUGACUUUGGAGAUCAACUGACCGCGGCCGCAAAAUUAAAUGUUCUUCACAACGAUAAACAUGAUGUAACCGCUCAAGCGUUUGCAACGAGAACCUUUCCCAGCAAUCCCAACGUUCCCAACUUUGACACGUACGGUGGCAAAGUUGGAUACACAUACGAUGACAAAGUGGGAGCGUCUCUUGGUAUGCAACACACGGAUCUUUUCAAGAAGACUGACUACUCAGCGAUGGGCAAUUUGAACCUGUUCAAAGGGCGUGACUCUUCCCUAGACUUCAAUGCGGGUAUGAGCAAGUCUGUGUCUCCGUACAUACCUAGCAGCAGAUGGGAGCCAAGCGCUGGCCUCUCUUUCACUAAGUGGUUUUAAAAUAAAUAAGAAAAUAGACUUAAAAUAUAAAUAGAAACAGUUUAUAAUAACAUUUUCGUCUUUGAUUUAUCACUACUUAUUAACUUAUAAUUGUUUGAGUUACGUCAGUGAAAUUUGGUAUAUAAACGUCAAUAUUAUUUAAAGUGUUCAAUAUCAAUUAAAAAUUUUUGAGUUCCGUUGAUAUUUAUUGUUUGUCCUUUGAAGUAAGAAUUAUAAUGACGCAAGCUUAUAAAAAUAUGUGUAAUAAAUUAUAGUGGGUCUACUCCUUUGUUCUACCGCAAAAUACCUACAAGUCUGUUUCUAUGUCUUGUUGUGGUCUUGUCGCUGAAAAUAUGCCAGUGUUGUCACAAAAACAUUUUCUUAGAUAAUAAUAACAUUACAUUAUAUUUUAUCUUUAUUCCUCGUUAUAAUUUAUUUUUUUUAUACCUAGAUACAAACUAAUUACUACUUUACAAAACUAGUUGCAUUUCAUAUCAGUGGUACUGGCGGUAAUUAAAUUCGGUAUUCGCGUACUAUUGUCUUACUGCCUUGUUAGUCUCCUUCAGCGGCCAUAAGGAAAAAAGAAGAAAAAGAGAAAGAAGCGAAAGAGGUUUGUAAGGAUCGUGACACUUAGCGAUCUGUUCUCUCUGGCUACCCCGUCAGGGAUUGUGCGUGAAGAUAAGUAUAAGUAUAAGUUGCAUUUCGCAGCUUCACCUAAUUUGUCGUAAUGGAAACAAAGGCUUGUGCUUGUAGGUACCUACCUAAUCUUACUUUAAUUUACCUAUAUAGCAGUAUCUCAGGUAUUCCGCUUAAAAUAUUGGAUAGGGGGUUGAACAUAAUAAAUAAAUAAUGUCAAAAUUAUACGUUGAUUCUGUUUCCGCCUUUUUACAGAUGCAACCGACAAAUAUUUACGACAAUUAUUAUAGGAUUUUUUUAAAUGUCUUUUGUUUUUUUUUCAAAUAAAAAUCAUCAUAACGCAAUUUGUUUUGCGAAUCUAAUUAAAUAUCAGCUAAUAUACCAUCAUAUUUUAUAAACAAAAUCGAUUUGAUUUAAAUUUGACAGUUUUAAAAUUACUGCAUAAUAUGGCCUCACUUCAUUUCAUAAAGCAACACGGGCCGUUGACGUACCGAACCUCUAUGAUUCAUUCAGUCAUCUUAAUGACUUCAUUUGGAGUUUCAGUGAAUAUCAAUUGAUUUCAUGUAAUUUGAUUAUUAAAAAACCACCCCUUACCUUUAAGUACUUUAAAUAGUUAUAUAAUGAAAUGUAAAGCAAUAUGUAAUAAAUAAGACAGAAUAUAAUAAAUUAUUUCAUUUGC